AUGGCGUCUCAAAUGCAGGAGCAGAAUGCAGUGCCAACGAAAAGCAGCAGGAAGGAGCCAUCCACCAUCGUGUCAAUUCUCAUUCGAUUUGGGGACUGGAAAGAAGAACUGUUCGCUUCCUUCAUUGUAUCGAAGAAGCAAAAGGCGGCCUUCCAGAAGCGACUUAACCACACAGAAGGACGCACGACGCAUGGCGCACAGGUGCUGCAACACGCCUAG